CAAGACAAUAGUGAGUGCCGUCGAGUAUUUUUAGGAACAACUUUCAAUAAUUAUACAAAAUAGAAAACCAUAUGCUUGACAUGGCCUAUCUUGAUGGUCGUUUCGCGGUAAGAAUAAGACCAGACUUUAACAACAAAGAUCUAUAAAAGUAAUAAAACCGCAUCCAUUGGGUGCGAACGCCGUCAGACUUCAAGACAAUCUGAAUUAUCUGAUAGAAAUCGGUAUUUUUAUUAUGGUUAAUUGUUCAAACAUUCCGAAACAAUUAACCCUUUGUCGUAGGUUAUGAUGAUUGGUUAUUAAAUAAGAGUCGGUUCCGGUGACUCCAUAUGCGUUUCUUCUGUGCUAUAAACGUCAACGUUAUGAUUAUUUGCUUUGUCCGUCUUUCUUCCAUUGCUUGUGCGUUUAGCUUGUCGUUUACAGCGUGAAUUUCCCGCUAUUUUCAAUAUGGCUGGUGUCAUACUGGAGACUGUAUCUAAUAAACAACUUAUACUGUUCACUUUGGUCCUGUUUGGCAUACAAAUCAUGUUCUUUAUUAUUGGUGGUACGUUAGCACCACAUCCAACUAGUGCCAUGCAGCACAGAGCAACAGUAUGCAAGGAUUCGAAAAGAGGUCAAGGUGAUGAAUGGUUUGUCCGUGGGGAAAAUUGCCAAGAAAUUGAUUUAACACAUGCAGGUGUCACACCGGAUCAUAUUGUAUUUACUGUACUUAUCCCACACAAAGGGCUGGACAUGUCGAGAUGGCAUCAGUUCCUUGUUGGUGUCAUGUCGCUUGACAUAACUACCAAAAAUAAAAAACGACUCGAUCAUCCGAUUGUAACGAUGGACAUGCGUCUUGGCGCGAGAGAUAAAACGGACAGUUCAUGGAAACAGCUAGCAAAGUCGAGAGAACAACGGGAUCAUACUUGUGAACAGGAUGAAGGUGGUAUUUGGGAUUGUGAUGAAAUGCCUGCAUUUGAAUUGGGUAGUGUUCAUUAUGAUAAUUAUUUGAUAAACAUCAGGUUACCUUAUGGUAAGGGAUAUAACGAAGAUUUUGGUCAAAUAUAUUCAGUAAAUAUUGUGGAAAUUCAUCAAAAUGGGGGGUUUACGAGAAUGUGGUUUGGCCUGAAAACUGUUUUAGCACCUCUGUUGAUUGCUGCUGUCGUCUGGUUUAGGAGAAGAAUCAAUCGUCUUGCUAGGAGACCAUUUUUAUUUGAGACUACCAUAUUUUGGCUUGGUUUUACAAUUGCUAUUCUUGAUUUUCCACUGGAAUGGUUUACAUUGUGGAUUGAUAUGCCAUUCAUGUUGAUAAUCAGUGAUAUUAGGCAAGGAAUAUUUUAUGCAACCUUGCUCUCCUUCUGGCUGAUUUUUGCUGGAGAACAUGUCAUGGACAACACUGAAAGAAACAAUCUAAAAAUGUACAGAAAAGAAAUUGUGGCUAUCGGAAUCGGUGCUCUUUCUCUUCUUAUUUUUGAUCUAUCCGAGAGGGGGGUUCAACUCAGCAAUCCUUUCCAUAGCAUUUGGUCAAGUGAAAGUGGGAAGAAACUAGGCAUGGCAUUCUUAAUAUUUGCCGCAAUUUGUGCUUGCCUUUACUUCUUGUUCUUCCUGUUGAUGAUGUUAAAAGUUUUCUGGCAUAUCAGUGGCAAAAGAUCAGAAUUUUCCAGAAUGGCUGCUGGACGAAGAGUUGCAUACGAGGGUGCGUUUUAUCGAUUCAAGUUUCUUUUGGCGUUCACUAUAAUCUGUGCUGGAUUAACAAUUGCUUUCUUCAUUGCAACAAAUGUGAACGAAGCACACUGGAAGUUUGGUGAAAAAGGGACAAUUGAAAUUUCCAGUGCAUUUAUUGCUGGUAUAUACGGCCUUUGGAACAUCUAUAUUUUUGCAAUACUGAUUCUUUAUGCUCCAUCCUCGUCGGCAAUGGGUCCUCCUAGCACACUCGAGCUUGACGAUGUGGCUGAUGAAGACACAAAUUUAUCUGAUACGCAGCGUUUUAUAACUCAACCUGUGAAUGGUGAAACAUCCCUGAUUUAUUCUAUUGCUGGCAAAGGAAGUAUUCAGUAGUUGUUUGCUAUUUGUACAAGUAAAACAAGCAAUAAUUCUGCUACAUAAUGACUGUAAAUAUGUUAUAUGUAACGAUUCGAUUAUAUGAUUAUUACCAGAACAGAUCGAACCUUUGGCUUUGUCUUCAUAAUUUGAACUUCCGCAGUCCUGUGUAGGCGUAUAGGCCUAAAAAUUUCGGUAAUAAUUUAGGAGAGAACCUAUAUAUUCGUGGAACAGUCUCACAAUUAUUCCCACUGUUAAAUAAUACUUCGAUUUAAAAAAACG